UUUUGUGUACAUGCUCAAUUAUUACCUACGUAUCCACAUUUUUUUACCUUUUAAUUAUCACUUUAAUUUUCUUUCUUUUUAUUUUAAAUUUUUUUUUUCCGGCCGCCGGUAAACCAAAUUGCCGGCAGCCAGAGCUCCAUUGCAUCAUAGAAAAACAGAAUUACUAGGAAUUCAAUGGCAAAGGGUGGUCGGAAAUUGACCACCAGCCGCAGCGAACGCUAUUUAGGAAGUUUCAGUGGCGAGGCGGCGGCGAGCUCUGCAUCGGAGCUGAGAGAAGAAGACGUCUGGUCGGUGACCGACGGCGCUGCCGCCGCAGCAAACGGAGAGUGGGUCUCACGCGCCUCCGCCGCAGGCAAUGGGAGCUUCCUCUGCUCGCGGCAUUCCGGGAACGGCCAGCUCGGUGGCCUGUCGUUGGCGUUCGACGAGCCCGGAGGCGCCGCGUCGCGGAGGAUCGUCCGCCCCCAGUUCCGGACGCAGGGUGACGUGGCGGGGUCGCCACGUGGCAUGGCCACGUCGGCGCCGGUCAACGUUCCAGAAUGGUCAAAGAUUUACCGGGUGGACUCGGUCGAGUCGUCGCAUGAUUCGGACGACGGGUUGGACGAUCCCGAGAUGGUUCCCCCGCACGUAUACCUGGAGCGCGAGCACUCUCGGAGUCGGAACUCGGUGUUUGAGGGAGUCGGGAGGACGCUCAAGGGCCGGGAUUUGAGCCGGGUCCGAGAUGCGGUGUGGAGCCAGACCGGGUUCGAUGGCUAAUUAUGUGCCAUGUAUGUUUAAUUAUUAGUACAAUCUCUGUGUCUAUUUCUUUUUUCUUUCUUUUUUUUGACAAAUUUGGAUAUUUGUGAAUGGGUGAUGACUGAUGACUCAAGCCAAGGAAGGAAGUUGGCGGCCGUUGGGCCUAAUUACAACAACAGAUUGCUUUAAUUCAUUCUUUUGCUCAAGUGUAUUUAGUUAUGUGGUCAUUUUGCCUCAAUCAUUAUUAAGAUGUAAAGAAUUAAGUUGGUAAUUGUAUUUGUAUAGACGAUUAAUGUUACUUAAGAUUCAUUAAUUUUUAUUCCUCCA